AUGGAACACAACCAACGUCGUGUGAAACGAGUCGUGGCAAUGGUAGCAUUGUUGAUGACUCUGCUAGCAUUAGGCCUUGUCGCGAUGUCACUUGCAUUGGGGAACAAGAUCGAUUUAAUGGAUUUUCAGGAACACAACCAACGUCGUGUGAAACGAGUCGUGGCAAUGGUGGCAUUGUUGAUGACUCUGUUAGCAUUAGGCCUUGUCGCGAUGUCACUUGCAUUGGGGAACAAGAUCGAUUUAAUGGGUAAGUUGGAUUAAUU